AUGGGAGGAAAAGGCAGCGGGAAAAACGUGCCGAGGAACCCCUUUCAUGGCUUGCCGGAAAACCCGCUAAAGGCGUGGCCUUUUCCUUGGCCUGAUCCUUGGCGCCAAGGCGGUCGGGGGCAGCAGAACUCCCACCCGCGUGGGCAGCAGCUGCCGAGGCGCGGCGGACAGCGGAUUCAGGACACACCGGGCAGUAGCCCCGCCAGACCUCCUCAGCUGCACCCAGUGCCGCUCGCCGGCUCACGGGCCGUUCGGGGAGACGAGAGCAGGAGACCGCAAAGGAAUGGAGACUUCGUUAGCCGUAUGUCCUUCCAGCCAUAG